AUGGGCAAAGGAACCGAUAAACUCUACAUCACCCACUCUGAAUGGGCCUCCUCUGAUGCAUACUCGGCUUCAGCUGGUGCAGGCGUGCGCGCUGACACCAGCGGCCAUGCGGUCUUCAAAAGACUACCUUUCAACUUCUGCGCCUUGAGCCUCCAACCUUUCGCAACCCCAGUGUGUACGGCGAACGGCAUCAUAUUCGACCAUGAGAAUAUAAUACGGUGGUUACUGAAACACGACACGAAUCCUACAGACGGCAAACCUCUGAAGCAGCAGGACCUCAUCAAACUCGAAUUUGCAAAGAACGACAGCAACGAGUUUGUUGACCCCGUCACCUACAAGGUAUUUACGGACAACACACAUAUUGUCGCAAUCAAGCAUGGCGACUCGGCCAAUGUCUUUGCAUACGAUACGGUGGAAAGACUCAACAUCAAACCAAAAAUGUGGAAGGAUCUAGUCUCCGACCAAGACUUCUCCCGCGCAGACAUCAUCACCCUUCAAGAUCCCCAGAAUAUCGAGUCCCGUAAUCUCAGCUCGUUUAAAUAUCUAAAAGAAGGUGAAGACUCUGGCAUUCCGAAGGAGGAAGCCACUAUCAACACAGCGUCGCUGGGCAGUGCUGCGGAUCUGAAGAUUAUGAAAGCAAAGGAGGCCGUUGCCAAAGCCCGAGCAGAACGCGCCAGUGCUCAAUCAGCCACGGCCAAGGACAGAUCUCAGCUCUCCAGCAGUACGAAGAAGUCAACAGCAGCAUCGACUUAUAAACCGACACCAUACAAUGCUACAGGACACACCACGGGUCUUGCCGCUGCGUCACUAACGUCCACGGGCAUGACUCCCCAUACAUCGGCUGCACUGGCCUUGAUGUCCGACGAGGAAUAUCUCCUGAAGCGUGGCCGAGUCAAAGAGAAGGGCUAUGUCCGAUUGUCAACUUCAGCAGGUGAUCUGAGUCUCGAAUUGUACCCAGAGUAUGCGCCUAAGGCAGUUUGGAAUUUCAUUCGACUCGCUCAAAAGGGAUAUUACAAUGGCAUCAUUUUUCAUCGCAACAUCCGAAACUUCAUGAUUCAAUGCGGCGACCCGACCGGUACAGGCCGUGGCGGAACUAGCAUUUGGGGCAAAAAUUUCGAAGACGAGUUCGAAGGUCCAUUGAAGCACAAUGCACGCGGUGUGCUGUCCAUGGCGAAUAAGGGAAAGAACACGAAUAGUAGUCAAUUCUUCAUCACAUACAGACCGACAAGCCAUCUGGAUAGAAAGCACACGAUAUUUGGUCGCGUUGUGGGGGACGACGGGACGAGCUUGGAUGUGUUGAAGCGACUGGAGGAAACCCCGGUCGACGCAAAUGAUCGACCAAAGGAGGAGAUCAAGAUCAUUGAGGCGGUAGUUUUGAUUGAUCCGUUUGAGGAAUUUUGGAAGAACAAGGCCGAGAAAGAGCAGAGUGAAAAGGAGAAGGAAGAAAGAAAGAUGGAAGACCGCACAACCUGGACAGGGAAGAGGAUUAGGGACGACGGGACGAUUGAGAAUGCCUCUGGAGGAGGAGUUGGUAAGUACCUGAAGGCAGCGAUGAAGAAUGGACCGCAUGAAGUGGAAGAAGACGAGAUUGUUGAAUUUAUUGACGAGCCAGAGGAACCGGUCCGAAAGAAGAAUAAAGGUGGUAAGGGUGGUUUUGGCAACUUUGAUGGAUGGUGA